CUCCUGAGGCAUGUAAGAGCCAAGCACCACGACGAAAAAGUCCCAAAGAGUUAUUUUCGUCGUCGUGUGACGAGCGCGUCGACGACCAGCGCUAUGAUCUUGGAAGCAGAUACAGUGCACAUGCUACGUCUUCUUCCCCGGGAUCUAGCACUAGCUCUGUCGAUACUUGGCAAUCAAACUGGAACGAUGCCUCCUGGAGCAGCAGUUACGGGUACUAUUCUGAUCAUUUUUACAACUGCUACAACUACACUGAGUAUAGCUCUCCUGCCUCCUCCUAUGCUGGGAAAAGCAAUCCUCACACGGACGCUGUGCCUGAGCGCGACGAUCGAAGCAGCUAUAAAUCGAAAGCUUCAUCGUACCCGGCCGACGACGGGGAAGAUCGCUACAAGAAAUUCCAUUACGGAACAAGAUACAACCAGCAAAGAGGUGAACAACUACAACAGGCAGGUAGUACGAGUUCCUCAUCCUCUGCAAACCGUCGCGCAGACCAUUCGCAUUCCCCCAGGGAACAAGAAGACCUCGAAACGCACACAGAACUCUGCGCGAAGUUUGACCGCCGCACGUAUUUGUUUCCUGCUGGCGCGAUGGAGAGCGUCGCUAUGCCCCGCGACCACAACCUAACCAAAGACAUCCUAGCGCGGGACUUUUCC